AUGAGCUGUAAUAAUGAGCCUAGAACCUACCCAUGUACUAUUUGUGGUGACCAAGGUCAUACUGGACCUCAAUGCCCCUUGUUUUACCCUAGAGAAACUACUCGUGACCAGGUUAGUGUCCUACAUGGUGGUAUGAACUCUAAAUAUGAGAGUCGACCCAAGUUUGAUCCCUAUUCUAAUACCUAUAACCCUGGUUGGAGACAUAACCCUAAUUUCUCGUGGUCUAAAGGUGCCCAUCAGGAUGACCCAUAUGCCAACCCACCACCAGUUUUUUCUAGGAACCAAUCUCAAGUCCAAGAACCGAGUUCAGUUGAUAAAAAGGUGUCAUCUCCAGAGGAAAAUCUAAACCUCUUUAUUGAACGUAGUGUUAUAAACAAUGCCGAGGCUACCAAAAAUAUUAACCUUUUAAGUCAGAUGUUUGAUAACUUUGGUCAGAAGUUCGAUGACUUUGUCCUGAUGAGUCAACGGAGUGGUAAAACUUUAGAGAACUCGGUAGAACCACCUAAGGACAAAGGUCCAGCUGAAAAAGAGACUGAGGUUGACCAAACUUCGUCUAAAGACCCUAAUGGGCCUGAAGGUGCUAAGAGUCCAAGUAGCCAAAAGAUAGAAAAUGCUCUUUUAGAUCUUGGGGAUAGUGUGAAUCUUUUACCGUCCUCCAUAUAUGAACAACUUGGACUAGGUGAGAUGAAACCAAUUAAGAUAACACUACAGUUAGCCGAUAGUCAAGAUAUUAAUAGCCCAACCAUCUUAGGUCGUCCGUUUCUAGUCACUACAAAUGCAGUCAUACAUUGUCAAACUGGCCUAGUAGAAUUUUCCUUUGGGAAUCAGAAAAUCUCGGUAAACGUUUUUAAGGCUUUACAAGCCCCACCAGACCCCAAACACUAUUAG